UUGUAGGCUUCCGACUGCUGAUAUUCCCGAAGCUCCUUCAUGUAUUGCUGCUUCUCACGCUCCGCUUCAUCCAGCUGGCCCACGGCAGCCCCACCGGCCGGAUCGAGGGCUUCACCAACGUCAAGGAGCUCUACGCCAAAAUCGCCCAGGUCUUCGGCAUCUCCCCCACCGAGAUCCUGUUCUGCACGCUGAACACGCACAAGGUGGAGAUGCAGAAGCUUCUGGGCGGCCAGAUCGGUCUGGAGGACUUCAUCUUCGCCCACGUCCGGGGGGAGACCAAGGAGGUCGAGGUCACCAAGACCGAGGACGCCCUGGGGCUGACCAUCACCGACAACGGGGCCGGAUACGCCUUCAUCAAGCGCAUCAAGGAGGGCAGCAUCAUCAACCGCCUGCCCAGCGUCUGCGUGGGGGACAGCAUCGAGGCCAUCAACGAGCAGACCAUCGUGGGCUGCCGACACUACGAGGUGGCCAAGAUGCUGCGCGAGAUGCCCAAGGCCCAGCCCUUCACCCUGCGCCUCGUCCAGCCCAAGCGGGCCUUCGACAUGAUCGGGCAGCGGAGCCGUGGGAGCAAAGCCGCGGGCGAAGGGAGCCUCUCCAGCGGGCGGGAGACGCUGCGCCUGCGCGCCAAGGGCGACGCCACCCUGGAAGAGGCGCCCAACGAGUUCGAAGAAGCCGCCGCGGCGAAAGUGGACGACCUGCUGGAGAGCUACAUGGGCAUCCGGGACGUGGAAUUGGCGUCCACCAUGGUGGAGAUGGCCAAAGAGCGGCCGGGCUCCGAGGACUUCGCCCGCGGCCUGGACUCUCUCCUGGGCGAGUUCGCCUUCCCGGAGGAGUUCGUGGCCGAGGUCUGGACGGCCAUCUGCGAGGCCCGGGAGCCCCCCAAGGAAUGAGUGGACGGGUGGCGGGGGUCUCGUCAUAAAUCAUAAUAAAUCCUUAUUUUAAAAGAAA